AUGUCGUCCCUGUCCAUCUUCCGUGUCGCGACCCGCGCCGUCCGCCCUUCCGGCUUCAUCAGAGCUCCUGUCCCCCGGAUCCGUCUUCAGGCCCCGGCUGCUCUGGCCAUCAACCGUCCCAGCUUCAGCACCACCACCAAGCGUUUGUCCGGUGCCCACGAGGAUGAGACAUACGAGGAGUUCUCUGCUAGAUUCGAGAAGGAAUUCGAUGGUGUCCAGGAUGUCUUCGAGCUCCAGCGUAACCUCAACAACUGCUUCGCCUACGAUCUCGUCCCCUCCGUCGAGGUCCUCUCCGCUGCCCUGAAGGCUGCUCGCCGCGUCAACGACUUCCCCACCGCUGUCCGGGUCUUCGAGGGUAUCAAGGCCAAGGUCGAGACCCAGGACCAGUACAAGCAGUACCUCGAGAGCCUUGAGGGUCUGCGCCAGGAGCUCGGUGUUGCUCUCCGGGAGGAGCUCUACCCCACCGAGGAAUAG